AUGUUCCUGGUCCAACCAGGACUGAGCUCGGAGCUGGUGCUGUUGACGGUGCUGUGCAAGGAGAAGGAGAAGAUGAGGCUAGUUCUCAACCAAUCGAUGAGGUUUGACAGCCUUCAAAUUGCUAAGGAUCACUACAAUAGCUACGCCCUACGGAUGGGUUUCUCUGUCAAAAUGAACACCUCUAGGCGGACAGGUCGCACAAAUGUAUUGGUAAAAUGGCAGUUUUGCUACAACAAGUACAAGAAGCCAAAAGCUGAUGAUGGAGGAGCUGAGGCUCCUCCUGUCCUGGACCCUAUACCAGAUCCAAAACCUGUUGACACUGAUGAGGAAACGGAAGAUGAACCUCCAAUCUUUGCUGAAGAGGAGGCUGGUCCUAAGAAGAAACGAAAAUGCGAGACAAUAAAGCAGACUCAAUGCAAGGCAAAAAUGUUGGUGAAGCUGAUGGAUGGGCGAUGGGAGGUGACGCACUUUGUUCGUGACCACAAUCAUCCGCUGGUGAACAAACCUUCGUUGUCCAAAUACUUGAGAUCCCACCAAGGACGUAUGAUGCAUGUAAUGGCAAAGUUCUAUGGAUCUGAGAUGAUGGUGCCGUUUGGACCAAAGGCAAUAACAAAUCUGUGUACAAGUUUCCGUAGAGAUGACACAAAGGAGGGUGACAUGACUGAGACAAUUGCGCACUUCAAGGAUAUACAAAAAACCGAUCCAGACUUCUUCUAUAAGGUAAAAUAUGAUGAAGAGGACAGAGUUUUCAACAUAUUUUGGGUGGAUGGCUCAGCUCGAAAAGCUUAUGCGGAGGCGUACCACGAUUGCAUAUCGUUUGACACCACCUACAUGACCAACAUGUACAAUAUGCCGUUCGCGCCCUUCAUCGGAAUAAACCGACAUGGCCAAUCUUUCAUGCUGGGUUGCGUGUUUGUGAGGCAGGAGUUGGCAUCAAGCUUUGAUUGGGUCUUUCGAGCAUUCGUAGAGGCUAUGGAUGGCAAACCUCCUGACAACUUCAUAACCGAUCAGGAUGGUGCAAUGAGGCAGUCAAUACAGAGCAUCUUUCCAUCCACAGUGCACCGCUGUUGUCGAUGGCACAUCAUGAAAAAGGCUCAAGCAAAAGUUGGUUGGCUGCUGUGCCGGAAUCCAGGGCUCUCUGAUGAUUUCAACUACUGUGUUGACUUCAGCUUCACUAUACACGAGUUCUUCCCCUUCCUGCAGUCUACACAGCGUAGUGAGGGGUUCAACACCGUCCUAAAAAGAUAUGUGAACCCACAUAAUUCAAUGCUGAACUUCGUCAAGCAAUAUGAAAAAAUUCAGAACCACAUCCUUGCCAAGGAAGGCUGCAAUGAUUACAGGACAGAACACCUUGAGAUUAAGCUAUGGUCCAACUUCCCAAUAGAGAGGCAAGCUUACGGAACCUACACUAGGGACCUUUACCGCAAGUUCAUAGAAGAGUUUGUGCUGAUUGGACGUUAUAAUGCGUUCCUAGUUGGUGCUGGCCUUUUUGAGCUCAGACCGAACCAGGAAUUUGUUGCCAAAUAUGGUUCUCAAAACUACUUGGUGCAGGCGAGGGUGGGGGAGGGUUCCUAUUUGUGUGAGUGCUGUAAAAUUGACAAGGACGGCAUGCUCUGUUGCCACAUCCUCAAGGUGUUCACCCAUCUUGGAGUUGAUGUCAUACCGAAAAGGUACAUGCUAAGACGGUGGACACCUACUGUUGUCCCUAGUGCGCCAGGGACCGGGUAUGAGCAAACAGAUGAAAUGCCUCCUCAAUCAAAGAAGCAGAUAAGGGAGAGAAACAUGAUAUACGAUUUUCGGAAACUAGCCAAGUUUGCAAGUGGCUCUGAUGCAGCACGGGAAAUUGUGAUGGUAACCCUCGAGGACCUCCUCCACCUCGAGGCCCCCUACAUGGCAUGCUCCGCCACCUUCUCCCCCGCCUGGCCCAACAAGCAGUGCCCCGCGUGCUCCUCCCAAUGGCCCUACAGGGAGUACUCAGGGGGCUCACCACCCAGGUGA